AUGGUGAAUCGUGAAUGCCGGCCAAAAUUGGUUCUUGAUGGAGCUCGGGGCGUGGGGCAGAUGUGCAGAAGUGGUUGUCAUGGUCAAACGUGUUCGAAUCGAUGCGCGAGUGUGGGAUGGGGUGACGGAGUGCAGGUCACGAGUCAGAGUGCACGCUGAUGCAGUCACGAGUGUAGGUACCGGUAUGCAUUCCUGAUUGCUGUCAUCAAGCACAGACGCCCAACUUUGCAUCUGCACCGCCUGCCUACUUCUCCACACACCCACCCGCUCGUCAGUCUACCCUACUCUCUUCCAACACCACCCAUGUGACUACCAACACAACACACCAUCGUGAGCAAGCCUGCAAAGGACAAGUUAGGUGAGCGCAAAGCUCGGCGUUCGGCUUCGAUCAAAUCGCAAGCGCAUACUGACCUCUCACACUCAUUGCUCGACUUGACAGCGGCACAAAUCGUAGCAUUCUCAUUCCCUCACUACUCCCCUUGGCCACUACCACCCGCGCCCACGGUGAGGAAAUGUCCGCGGCUAGAGCGCCUCCUUCCGCUGGAACGCAGCAUCACGCGUCCGACUACUACAGCGCCACCAACCCUAUACCAACCAUACAGCGCUACUUUGACUCGGCAUGGUCCGAGGUCCUCUCGGGUGCUAAGGGAGAGAGGGCAGAGGCAGCAGCGCCCGAAGGAGAGAGCAAAGAAGGCUUGCAAGCUGAAGAGACUGAUUUGGGUCAGACCGAACUGGACACGAGUGGCAGCGAAGAGGAGGAGCGUGAGGAGGAUGAAGACGAUGAGAGCGUCGCAGAGGGGCAACGUGGCAGACGGGCGCAGUCGGCAACGCAGUCUACCGGUGCGAACGGCUCGAAGGAUGCAAGCGGAUCAUCGCGUCGAUUGCUCAGCACCAACGGUACGGCGAGAUUAUCAUCCUUGCCCUUCUUUCGUCGCAGAUCCAAACAGGGCGGCGAGUCUGAGCAGGCCACUUCCAAGGCUUCGACUGGACCGAGUCGGACUUUGGAAGAGCACAAGGCGCCGGCGCAGCCUCGACGCCGAGCCAAGGGUGCGCGCGCUGUGAUUGAUCCCGUCACGCAAAGAGAAAUCAACAUUCGAGAUGUGGGUCGCGUCGAGUUUGCGCGCAAGAUCAAGCGGGAAGAUGCGCUAGAGUUGGCCGAGAGCGAGGCUGCAAGGCAAGCUGAUGCGAGCAAGAGCGGUGGGGCCGAUGCGGUUGGUGGGAGUGAUCUGAAUCUGGGAAGGGAAGAUCUGAAUAUGGAUGAAGAGGCGGAUCAUCAGGCUCAGAAUGGUCUGGCGGAGCAGAAAAGAUGGACCGGCACUUCCACCGAGGCGAGGCAGAGGAGAGCGGAGCUGAGAAAGGCGAGAGCGGAGAGGAGGAUGAGGAGGAGCAUCCUCUCCAAGCCCUUCCCGCCCGGUCCAGAAAUUCAUCUCCCUCGCGACAUCAUUGCUCUGUGGGCCGCGUGGUCUUCUGUUCUUCUGGCAGUGUCGUUCGUUGGCAAAGAUCAACGAUCGAUCACUACGUCCACCCUCUUAUUGCUGCUCAUCCUGGCCAGCAAUGCUUGGCUAGGAUGGUACACUUUCAAGCAAUCGGUGCGGGAAGCGGAACAUGUGCGCUGGGCCCGUGAGCGGCAGAGGGCGCUUGGGCACACCAAGGAGGCUGAGCGCGCCUCACACCAGCAGGCUGCCCUUCCAAUCGCUCAGACGCUCGCACACGCUCUCAAAGAUGGAGCGCUGGAAUCGGUCGAGUGGCUCAAUGCCCUCGUCAGAGGUUUCUGGAGCACCGCAGACCCUGCCAUGUUUGCCAGCAUGGGCGGCACCCUAGAAGACAUCAUGGCCGCAUCGGUGCCCGGCUUCAUUCAUGGGGUCAAGGUGGAAGAAUGCGCGCAAGGAGACAAUCCGAUUCGAAUCACUGCCGUGAGGAUCUUGAAGGAUGCAGAGUCCGACAGCUUGAUCAACGAAAAGACUGGUAGUGGCGCGGGACAGGUGGUGGAGGAGGAGGAGCAAAGAAGCGCAGGUGCACCCACUGCAAGACCCGAAGAGUCUCCAAUCGGCUCCUACGUCAAUCUGGAAAUGUCUCUGAUCUACAGAGCUUUGCCCUCGCAUCCCAACUCUCUCGCAUCUCGAAACAAGAAUGCGCACCUUCUCAUCCACUUUUUCAUCGGAGCGAAAAAGUGGCUGCAAUUGCCGCUGCCAGUCUACGUCGAGAUCGUCGGCUUCGUGGCAACAGUCAGGGUUCGCGUUCAACUCCUGCCCGACCCACCUUUCGUGGGCAAUGUGACCUUCUGCUUCAAAGGAUUGCCGAGGUGCUCCGUGGAUGUCAGCCCUCUGAGCUUCAAUCUGUCCAACGUUCCUGUCCUCAGCGGUUUCAUACAGAGCUCCAUCGAUGCUGCGGUCGGCGAAUACGUAGCUCCCAGCUCAAUGACGAUGGACGUCGGAGAGAUGCUGGCGGGCGAUCAGAUCAAGAGGGAAGUGGACGCGCUAGGCGUCAUCGUCGUCUAUUUUCAUCGAGCUUUCGAUUUGGAAAAGCAGGACAGAAAUGGUUCUUCGGAUCCUUACUGCACCAUCUGCUGGUCCAGGCUGCAGAAAGUCAUCUACUGUACGCGCGUAGCUUUGGACGACCUCUCCCCGGUCUGGGAAGAGCGGUGCGUGUUCCUUUUGCAUUCCGAAAUCCUCCGCGCCAAGGAAAAGAUUCAGAUCAACCUGUGGGACUCUGAUAGGCUCACUGCGGAUGAUCUUUUGGGAAGGGUCGAAGUGGAUGCGAAGCAACUCGUCGAGAAUCCCGGCAAAAUGUUCAGAAGGAAGGACACGCUGAUGGGCCUCACGCAUCAAAUGUCCAAACAGGGCACCGUCGAGUGGUCUGUUGGAUUCUUCAAAAAGGCAGACAAUCGCGUGAGACGCGGACCGGGAGACGAAGCAGUCGAGAAGCGCGAGAGUCAGGCAGAGGAGAGCAACAAAAUACAGGGCAAAGAGACGAGGCGCUCGCAGAGCGCACCAGGUCAAAUCGAAGAUGUCGCACAGGCCAAUGAGGAGCGCGACUCUCAACCUACUGAGCUGUCCAGCCCAGAAGGCACCGAGCCCAAGAGGGGCGAAGAAGGUGUGCGCUUCCAGCCACCGGAUCCCAAUCUGCCCGCGGGUAUCCUCUCUAUACAAGUUCAUCAAGCCUCUGGCCUCGAGCUGGUGGACACGCGCGCGAAAGCGCAGCUACAACUUGGACAUCGCACGGCUCUUGAACCUGCUCAAAAAGCAGAAGACUGGGUGAACGAGCAAGAGGAUGCGACCUCCCCUAGCGCUUAUUUCAGCAUCAUUCUGAACGAUCAGGUCGUCUUUAGGAGCAGAACAAAGUUGCUCUCUGCGAACCCUUUCUUCCAGGCUGGAACGGAGCGCUGGGUGAGGGAUUGGAGACGAUGCCUCAUCAUGGUCGAGCUCAGGGACAAGCGGAAUAGAGAAAAGGAUCCGAUCCUUGGAGUCGUGCCGAUCAAGCUCUGCGAGCUGUUCAAAGAGUCCGGAAGCUCUCAAGUCACGCAAUGGUUCUCGAUCGGCGGAGGAGUUGGAAGAGGUAUGGUCAGGCUAUCCCUCCUUUUCCGACCCGUCAAAGGUCUGGACACGGUGCACAAGGAGAAGCUCGGUUUUGAUAUCGGCACUUGCCAAUUACACUCUUCCAUCAAGCUUGGGAACUUUGAAGACGCGGACCACGCUCAGCAUCUACAUCGCGCCAACUUGCGCAUCAGGACGCUCGUCGCUAGCAUCAAGAUUAGCGGACGCAAGCAUUCGGUACUGCUCGAUGGUGACGACGGAGAAAUGCCAUCACAUCAGCAGGGCACAUCGAGCGGCCUUGAGUGGAGGCUGGCCAAGUCGGAACUUCCGCUGCGAGUACCUGCUCGACGAAGGUAUGCAGCGCCGCUAGUCUUUGAAUUCAGGAGCCGCUUGCGACGUUUGCUGGCCGUCUCCAUCAUUUGGCUGCAAGAUGUGAUCGAUGAUGAAUUCGAGGAUCUUCAGCUGCCCAUCUGGGUAGGAGCUGACGCUGGGAGGGCAAGCGGCGAUGGAGGAGAUCUUCAUCGGUUGAUGCAAAAUUAUUCCAACUACAGGGACCAAGCUGAAGGAGAAGCGUUGGGAGCUAGAAGGAUUGGAACGCUAUGCGUGAGACUUCGUUUCAAGUCUGGCGUUGGUAGAGUGCAUGCGAGGUUCGACAAGAAUCCAGAGAGCGCUUGCGUGCUGGAAGCUUGGAGAGCUGCCGUAGCUGCUGGGUUACGAUCUGCUGAUGGAGACUUUGUGGAGAGAAUGGAUUCGGAGGAUGAAGAGGGGCACGCGAGAGAGGAGGAGGAUGCGUCGUCGGAUUCGGAUUCGGACUCGGCGGAGGAAAGGCGUACUAUCUCGGCGUCGCGAGGGAAGCGUCGUCAGGGCGUACAGUACGGUGAUGAGCUCACGGAAGAGCCGCAAGCGCUCAAAUCUCCACGAAGCAGCGUUGCUAAAGAGCAUCAAGAGGAGGAUGAGGAGGAGGAGGAGGAAGAGGAGUGCAAAGAAGGCUUGAUGGACAAGUUGCGCGAGUGGAAAAAGGAACGCGAAGAAUUGGGCAGACAGCACAGAGGUGCGAAGCGGUACAAGGCGGUCAGAACUGCUUCUUGGCUUGGCGACUCUGCCAGAAAAAGGAUUUCGCGCUCCAUGGACAUGUUUUCGUUGGAGGAUAGACGAUUUGGACAGGUGGAGAGCGAAAUGUGA